AUGCCGCUGCGUGUUGCCCCUUCCGCGGCCUCUGCAGUCAUGGAGCAGCAAGAGUCGUCGACGUCGACGUCGAGCUCCACCGGCGGAGCCAUUCCGCUUGACAGCGCGUCGUCGGCCUCGUCGGCCUCGUCGGCCUCGUCGGCUUCGUCGGCCUCGUCGGCCUCGUCGGCCUCAUCGAGCUCGGCCUCAUCAGCCGACUCCGCUGGCUACGGCUACGACGCCGAGUCAGGCGGUGCCGCCGGUGUCAUCAUUGAGGCCUCCAACAUCACCGUCAAGGUCCCGGCCAAGAAGUCGCUGCUUGACAAGUGCCGCGGCCGGCCCGGCACGGAUGAGAUCGUCCUCCUCGACAAUGUCUCGCUGAAGCUUGUUCCGGGCGAGCUCACCAUGCUCCUCGGCCCGUCGUCGUCGGGCAAGUCGGUCCUCCUCGACGUCCUCGCCGGUCGUCUUCCGUCGGCGCUCGAGUCGUCCGGCUCGGUGCUGUACAACGGCAUGGAGCUUGAUCCGUCGGACGUUAUGGCCAUCUCGGGCUACGUUCAGCAGGAAGACAUCAUGCUCGCCGACUCGACGCCGCGCGAGAACCUGCAGUUCCUCGCCCGUCUCUCGCUCCCAUCGACCAUGUCGGCCGAGGAUCGGAACGAGCGUGUCGAGUCGGUCCUCAACGUCCUCGGCAUCGCCAAGGUCGGCGACACCCUCGUCGGCGUCCCUGGCCUCAAGCGCGGCCUCUCCGGUGGCGAGCGGAAGCGGGCCAACAUCGCCCAGUCGCUCAUCACCGCUCCGCAGAUCCUGUACGUCGACGAUCCCACCGCAGGCCUCGACGCCGCCACUGCCGAGGCCGUCAUCGUCAACCUCCGCAAGCUCGCCAAGAAGAACAACAUGACCAUCCUGGCCUCGGUCUCGCAGGCCUCCAACGAGAUGUUGCACGUCUUCGACAACGUCAUGGCACUCGCCGGCGGCCAGGUCGCGUACUCGGGCAAGGUCACCGGCCUCCUCCCCUUCCUGGAGGACAUCGGCUACGAAUGCCCGCGCGGACUCAACCCGGCUGACUUUACCAUUGAGAUCCUCUCGCGCUCAGCGCUGGUGCUGAACGACGACGAGGCGGCUCACGGCGGCUCGUCGGCGUCUACCUCGGCCUCCUCGUCGCUCGCGCGCAUCCAGGCCAUCACUGCCGCCGCACGCGCAGCCGGCAUGGGCGUCCCGGACUCGUCGUCGGCCUCGCUCUCGCAGGCUGGAUCGCUUCAUCUCGACGAGUUCAAUGGCCACCGCCCGUCGCCGAUCGUCAAGCUCGCGCAGCUCGUCAAGCGCAACAUUAUGCUCCAGGUCCGCAACAAGCAGGCCUCAUGGGCCCGCGCCGGACAGAUGAUCAUCCUCGGCUUCCUCAUUGCUGCCAUCUGGUACCAGAUCGACCGCGGACAGACUGGUGGUCUCGACCGCGCCGGCCUCAUCUUCCUCGUCACCAUCAUGCUUGUCUUCUCUGGCAUGCAGGCUGCUGUCACCCUCUUCAUUCCGGAGCGGGCGGUGUUCAUGCGCGAGUCACAGGACGGCCUCUACAGCACGGUCACGUACCUUGCCGCCAAGGUCAUUGCCGAUCUGCCGUUCCAGGCCUUCUACCUAGUCCUCUACGUCUUCCAGGUCUACUUUAUGGUCGGCCUGCAGGCCGAUCUCGAGAAGUUCCUCAUCUUUGUCGGCUUUGCAUACCAGCUCUCGCUCUUUGGCACUUGGCUCGGCCUCCUCCUCUCUGCGGCGACCGGCGAUUCGGAUGCUGCCAACGCGCUCGCUCCGGGCGUUGUCCUCCCGUCGACCCUCUUUGCCUCGUUCCUCGUCAAGCCCGAGUCGAUCUGGGUCGGCAUCCGCUGGCUGCGCUACUUUUCGUUCAUGAAGUACGCCUUUAACGGCGUGCUCAUCAACGAGCUCAAGGACCUCACCUUCACCUGCGACGCCUCCGAGGCCAUCAACGGCACCUGCCCUGUUCCCAACGGGCAGGCCGUCCUUGAUCUGUUCGAGGCCGAGGAGGACGGAAACAUCGGUUUCAACUCGGGCAUCCUCGGCGUGUACAUGGCGAUCUUCCUCAUCUUCUCCUACCUCGCCCUCAACGCCUCGCGCAAGCGGUAA